AUGUCCUACAAAGUCAAACACUUGGACCCGGAUGCUUCUUUCGAGAGGCCUAGCAUUCUGGUGAAUAACCUGCAUACGGAUCGUGAAUGGAAGCAGGAGAUUGAUCCAGCCGUGGAGGAGUUUCACAAGACUCUCCCGUACUAUGGCGAGACCAAACUCCAUAGUCUGCCAACCGUUGCAGAGGAACUCGGCUUCAGCCAUGUCUUCGUCAAGGACGAGUCAACGAGGUUCGGACUGCCCUCGUUCAAGAUCUUAGGAGCUUCAUGGGCCAUCUGUCAAGCGCUCUGCCGUCGCCUUGAUCUGCCGAAGACAGCAAAGCUCAGCGAGGUGACUGAAGCACUGAAGGCGAGGGACGACAUACGCCUUGUCACUUGUACAGAGGGCAACUGGGGCCGAGCAUGCUCUCGCAUGGCCAAGUACCUGAACAUACCAUGCAUGGUGUACGUCCCUUGGUUCAUGAAUGAUUACACUCAAGGACUGCUACGCAGCGAGGGAGCCGAAGUCACACUGCUUCCCAACGGUUCCUAUGACGACACCAUCGCGGCAGUGAAGCAGGACUCCGAGACGAAUGGUGCUCUGAUGGUGAUGGACACUUCAUGGGAGGGCUACACCGAGUUUCCGCAAUGGGUCACGGAUGGCUAUGGAACAAUGCUGACCGAAACGGAUCGACAAGUCGCAGCGCAGACGGGUAGCAAGACCGCAGAUCUGGCCUUCGUCUCCGUGGGUGUGGGAUCGUGGGCACACUCAGUAGUCUCCCAUUUCAAGGCCAGAGAUAAGAAUACCAAGAUUGUCACCGUGGAACCAAUCGCCGCGCCUAGCUUCAAGGAAUCCCUCCAUUGCGGCCAGAUCACGCCUAUAGAGACUGGCGAGACGAUCAUGAACGGCAUGAACUGUGGAACUACGUCUACUAUUGCUUGGCCAAUCUUGAGGGACGGGAGCUACGCUGCAGUUAUUGUUGCUGACAUCGAGUCACACGAAAGCGUCCAACACCUCCAGAGCGAAGGGGCGAACGCAGGACCUUGUGGUGCGGCGACUCUGGCUGCAUUGAGGAAGCUUUGCGCUGAGACCGACUUGCCGGAUCGAAAGGACAAGGUCGUUGUUUUGUUCAGCACCGAAGGCAUCCGCGAAUACGAGGUUCCGAAUUGA